AACAGAUCCUCUUCGCACAUCAUCACCUCUCCUGCAGUUUUCUUCGUUUGAUCAGCAGCUUCCUCAGUAUUGUUUCAUUAGAAAUUCGAUUAAGAAUUAUCACACAUCAUGUCGGUCGAUUCGGGUGUCUCCAUAAACCCAGAUUGCAUCAGUGCUUUCAACGAACUGCGGCUCGGUCGAGGAAAGACAAAGUUCAUCAUCUUUAAGAUCGCUGAUAACCGACGAGAAAUUGUUGUGGAGGAGGCCUCAAAGGAGCCAGACUACGAGAUUUUCCGUGAGAAGCUCGAGGGCGCGAAAGAUUCGAAAGGAAACCCGGCUCCAAGAUACGCUGUUUAUGAUGUAGAAUUUGAGCUUGAAGGGGGAGAGGGCAAGCGAAGCAAAAUUGUCUUCAUCUCAUGGGUGCCGAGUGAAACGCCAACGUUCUGGUCAAUGCUUUACGCGACUAGCCGACAAACUUUGAAAAACGCCCUUAACCCGCACACAAGCAUCCACGCAGACGACAAGGCCGAGCUUGAAUGGAAGAACGUGCUCACCGAGGCGAGCGGCGGCAUGGCUACCAAAUAGGCAAGCCCGGUGUCGAAAGGUAGAUACUACUGUUAGGAAAAGGCUUGCUGUUCGUAUCGGCUGGACAAGGCUUUAAGCAUUGCGUGAAUUGGUUGAUGGUGCUGGGAUUGAUUGGGCUCUUCAGCGGCGUUGUCAUUGCCAGCGGCUGUGAUUUGAAUCAACUGAAUCACAUUUCAAACAUACCGCAGAUAUUAGUUCCAAGUUGAAGACUUACAAAUAGCUCAGAACUUCUCAAUAUUCGUCGGAAUGUGGAAUGUUAUUAAUUAAUA